ACUCAUACAACUGAUAAAAACAGGUUAGGAAUAGAAGUAUUUUAUUUUCUGUGUGUGGCAAUUUAUUCUAUGAAUGACACAUUUUUCUCGAUCGUAUCUACGAGAAAAUAAAUUUCGAUAAUGGUGGAUCGUUUAGUGAACAGUGAGGCCAAUGCUAGAAGGAUUGCUAUGGUUGAGAGCUGCUUCGGCAGUUCUGGACAGCCAUUGGCAGAACAAGGCAGGGUCCUUGUGGGAGAGGGUGUCCUGACAAAAAUGUGUCGCAAGAAACCAAAAGCUAGACAAUUCUUUUUGUUUAAUGACAUCCUCGUGUAUGGAAACAUUGUUAUAAACAAGAAAAAAUAUAACAAACAACAUGUUAUACCACUUGAGGAAGUUAAGUUGGAGUCUUUGAAGGAUGAAGGACAAUACCGUAACGGCUGGUUAAUCCGUACCGCUUCCAAAUCCUUCGCGGUGUAUGCCGCCACAGCGACCGAGAAAGAAGAAUGGAUGGCUCACAUAGAAAAAUGUAUAGAAGACUUGCUAAGGAAAAGCGGCAAACAACCUCCGUCAGAGCACGCAGCGGUGUGGGUACCAGACAACGAGGCGUCAAUCUGUAUGCACUGCAAGAAGACACAGUUCACUGUACUCAAUAGGAGGCAUCACUGCCGCAAAUGCGGGUCAGUAGUGUGCGGGCCGUGCUCGUCGAAGCGCUACAUCCUGCGCGGACAGAGCGACAAGCCGCUGCGCGUGUGCCUGCAGUGCUUCGACGAGCUCAACCGCGAGCGAGCCCGCCCGCCCGCGCAGCCGCCCACCGCUAACAUCACACCAGUGAAAGACACGGCGGGUUCGGGCGGCGACUCGUCAGCCGAUGAAGACAGCGACGACGAUGAUGACCGCGUCACCGCUGAGGAGAAACACGACGAGGGUUUUACAAGUUAUAACGGUGUCAAAAAUGGAUACGGAAAUAAAGUCACCACAGUAUAAUAGAAAAUGAAAUUGUCCAAAGUUCUACGGUGACAGUGAUAAGACUGAAGAGACCAACAAUCAUUCGUCCAAGGAUUCCGCUAAGUGAAAAUCAGAUUCAAGAGACCACUGUCCAUCACAGGUUUAGACAGUAAACUUAUAGUUCGCGCCAAAUUUAAUGGCGGCUCGGAACAUCGUGCGAGUCGCUACGCAGAAACCAUUUUUAGGUGUCAGUCUGAGCCUAUGCUCCGAAGUUGUCUGUAAGCCGCCAAGAAGUUUGUCGCGAAUUAUACAAUAUAUUAAUAUUAAAGUAAUAUUAUGAGUCUUAAUAAUAUUACGCCCAUUUCAAAGACUGGUCUGUGUGCAUUCAGUCCCAUAUAAACGUCCUUUGUUUAACAUUUUAUUUUAUCUUCACUUGUUAACGGGAACAAUUUAUAAUAGACUUAAAUCUGUGAUCUUUUAUACAAUUUCUUCUGAAUUGGUAACUUGCAGCCCGUUACUUGUAAUUAAACUUUGCAUAGAUGUAUUUCAAAACCAGAUAAUAUCAGGUAAAUAAUUCUACUAUCAGGAAUAGUCGAAAUUUUUGUAAAUAAUGUCUAAAACCGAUAAAUUCUCCAGUACAACGGACCACUGUGUGAAAUAAGUACUCAAACCUGUAUAACCAUUUGUCUAACACCAUAGUCAAGAGUUCCAAAAACAAUAUUUUUGUUCAAACUAUGGACGGUCUCCGAUUUUACCACAAUGGCCUUCGAAUUUUUUUACAAAUAGGAAAAGAAAUUGGUAGAUAAAAUCCUUUAUAGUGGAUUACUUUAGGAAAUGGUAAAACUUUUAUACAAAAUGGCUGACCCGUGGUCGCCGGAAUAUGAUUUUGAUAACGAAUAAAAUUGCUAGAUGUUUCGCUGGACUUUAAACAGCUUUAAACCGCUCAAAAGUAAACUGAGAUGGAGUUUUUUUGUUUAGGAUUAAAUCAUAUUUAUUAUUUGAUAGUAAGACAUCAUGGUUAUAAGACGUUUUUAACAAUAUUUUAGGCUUAGUCAUGUUAUGUCAACAUAUUAAUAUUUUACAUAUGUUAUGUUAAGCUUAUUUUAUUGUAAACUUUAUUAUAUAGAACUAUUAUUGCUUUUUCGAAAGUCGCCGCCUUUUUAAUGAAGGAAGCAAGUCUGAAAUUAAAUUGUAUAGUUUUUCUAACAGAUUUACAUAUAAACUGGUGCUUGUCUUGUGUCCCUCUAUAACCAUGUUUUAAUACCCAAUUAUAAUAUUCAUAGUACUUAGUAUUAUGAUACCAUGUCGAAAUAGACACUUUUCAAACUGCCUACCCCAUCAUGAGCUUUCAGCAGACUUGCCUCCCUUUUUAAAUUGACGGCAGAAGUUGGAUAUGUUUAAUAUCAAGCAUUGUAAUACUUUAGCCGCACCUUGGAAAUGUAAUAUGGUACAAAUAAUUUUAUAUUUUGCCUCCAUAACACCAUUUUGUUAACAUGUGCAUUUCCUUCAAUACAUAACACAAUGUGCUUGCUCGUGCGCUACACAUUCCACGGUGUGAGAGAGAUGAACUUCAAAAACGGUCUAAAUUAAUUUAUUUUUCUACUAAUGGGGAAUUGGGAAAUUUAAAAUUUAUUUUUAAUAGUAUCUACUUUGCAGCAUAAAUGUGUUGUACGUGAGCGUACAGAUUUAAAAGACAACUUCUUGAAAACAACUAUUAAAUCCACUAUGUGAUGUCCACGUAUACUAAGAAUGUUCAAUUACACAUUUGCUGCUAUUACAUUUCUAAGUAGCAUCACAUUUCAUAAAUAAAUUGUAUACAAUCCAAACUAAUUUUAGAUUUGUAUGUAUAUUAGAGUUUUAGAUAAUAAGAGGUGCAUUAAGUUUGUUUCCUUGAAACAUGGUUUUUAAGUUUAGGAAUUUAAUACGAAGCUUGCAACACCAUCUAUAAUGCAAGACAAUUCGUAAAGAAAUUAUUUAUUAAUUUAACAUAGGCCUAAAUGUUAAAGAUUUACACAAGUUGUGUUAAUUCCCGUAAUACUGGUAAGUGAAAAAUUAUGUUGAUAAGAUAUUGUUUAAUUUUCAGUUGACAAAUAUAAUAUUUUUUAAAA